AUGGCUUUCGCCGCCCAACCCGCCAACCCAGCCAAUCUAUCAUCUGUCCCUCAUCUAAACGCAAAUCUUCGUCCCGGCCCCGCCCCCGCCACCGCCAAGGUCAAAGCCAGGUCCAAGGCUCUCUUACCUUUUAUCGACCUCUCCGGUCCCGACCUCGACCCCGACUUUGACUUUGACAACAUCCGCCUUCCCCUCCUACCACCCGGUCCAUACCUCUCCUCCGACGCAGCCUCGGACGGCAUGUCGGAUGAUGUUGAAGUUUUAGACGAAGCCCCAGUGCAUAUGCGGAAGAAGCAGAUUCUCAUUGAUCUGCUGUCUGAGAGCGAGGAGGAGGGCGAGGCGGAGGAAGAUGAAAAGACACCGAAAGCCGGUCCGAGUAGGGGGAGGAAACGUCGGGCGUCCUCCUCGCCUCCUCCGGUCAAGGCGGGGAAGGGACGCGGUGCUGGUCCAGCCAAUGCCUACACCCUCGGUUCCGCCGUCAAUGGCACUGCGGGCGCGGCAGGUCGUCCGGUAAAGCGGGGCCGAAAACCAAGCGGCGGAAAUGUGUUCGGCGGCGCGGAGCAGCCUGUGGCGGGUCCGAGUCGGGCGGCGGCGGCACCGGUCCCAGCGCCUCGAGAGCCAAUGAUGCAUAUCGCAUUCGGUGACGAGGAUGCUAUGGAGGUGCCUCUGGGGUGGGGCGGUCUGGGCGUACCGGAAAGGAACCUCCCCGCGGCCGCCCCUGUCCUUGCUCCUGCGGCGGCGAGACCUGCUCCUCUUGACCAACCGCAAGUGCCCGCCGCCGCUGCUCCACCCGUCGCACUCCCACCUGCACCCGCCGCUGCUCCACCUGCUGCCCUCCAUCUUCUUCCCGCGGCCGUACAACCCCGCAUUGACCCCCUCCCCCAACCCGCCCAGCCCGAGCCUCGGCUCGCAACCGACUUCAUCCCCGUCGUCCUCGAAGUCCUCCCGGACAUCUGCACCGACUGGGCCCUCGAGCGUAUUUCCAACACCAUGGCGAUGGGCAAGAUUGACAAUCCGGCGAUGACGGUCAUUCAGAUGGCGUUUGACGUGGUGGGCGGAUACCCCAAGGCGAAGAAGGGCGAGGCUGGGAGUUCGAAGAGCAAGGUGGUGGAUAAAGUGGCCGAGGAGGCGUUCCGGUCGGUCGAGUACAAGAAGGACGAGCGGCGUGGAGCAUUCUACGACGACCAGAGUCAGAAUCUGUUGCUGGAGCUGCUGCCUAUGAUUCCAAUGCCUCAUGUCAAAGCGGCCUUUAGGACUACCGGCUCCCUCCUCGCUCCUGCCUACUUUGCCUUGCUUGCCCAAUCCCAAAACGCCGACAAGCCCUACAUCCCCCUCAAAGUCGGACGGAAUGCCAAAGGCAAGGCGAAAGGACUGCUGAACGAGCCAUACACCGAAGACGAAGGGGCCGAUCCCAACAAUCCGUUCGUCGCGCAGCGAAAGAGGGACGGGCGGACGAUGUAUGAUAUGGAGCGCAAGUGGCUCGCGGAUCAUCUGCGUAGAGAGGCUGAGGAGAGCGAUGCGCAAAAGGCGAGGGAGAUGGCUCGUGCGGAGGCACUGGGGAAUGGAGGUGGAAUGGAGUGCGGAUGUUGCUUCACGGACGAGCUCAUGGAGAACAUGUUCCAGUGCUCUGAAGGCCAUCUCUUCUGCCGCGACUGCACUACCCAGUACUGCGAGACCAAACUCGGCGAACACAGCCAUGCCAUCACUUGCAUGGACGUUUCAGGCUGCACGUCCCUCUUCCCCGACUCGGAACUCACCCGGCUCCUCGCUACCAAGUCCCUCCUCCUAUACCACCGCCUCAAGCAGGCCGCCGAGCUCAAACUCGCCAACAUCGACGGCCUGGAAGCGUGUCCCCGGUGUGACUACUCGGCGAUCAUCGAUAACCCACACGAGAAACUGUUUAGGUGUAUGGCGCCCGACUGCGGGACGGUCAGUUGUCGGAAAUGUCGUCGGGUCGAGCACCUGCCCAAGACGUGCGAGGAAAAUGAAGCCGAGUUGAGAGCGGACAAGCGACAUACAGUCGAGGACGCCAUGUCGGAGGCACUGAUCCGGAAAUGCCCGAAACCGACCUGUGGGAAGCCAUUCGUCAAGGAUGGGGCUGGGUGCAACAAGAUUAUCUGCAAUCAAUGCCAAACCGUCUCGUGCUAUGUCUGCCGAAAGAUCAUCACCAAUGGAUAUGCUCACUUCGACCAAAAUCCUGCGGAUUAUCACGCGCCAAGAGUUUCUGGGAAGUGUAUUCUUUGGGAUUACGGAAGAGUCGCCGAGACCGCCGAGGUCGUUGCCGCCCGAGCUGCCGCUCAAGAACGCGCCCGCGCCGCAGCCGAAGCUGACGGGGUCGCUAUUGCCGAUGCCGAUCUGCACGUCCCGCCACCCCCGGAGGUCCCACACCCUCACCGUCCUCACCACCAAGCCCACCACCACCACCACCACCACCAUCAUCAGCAUGUACUCGACCCCAUUGCAGCACAGUUUAACGCCCAAUACCAAGGGGCUGCCGACGGUCCCCAGCUCGAGGCUCUUUACCGAGCUCAAGUGCAACGCUUGCGCGAAGGCGCCUUUCUCGCAGCGGAGGACCAGCGACGGCAGAUGCUGCAGCUGGACGCUAUCCAAGCGGCCCAGUUGCGGGAGCUUCCAGAGGGCAUCGCGAACCCGGGAUACAACCCCGCCGAGGCGCGCCGGCUUAUGGCGAUCUUCCGAGCGGAACGGGCGGCGCGAGACGCUGCGGCGGCUGGACUGCCGGCCCCACCUGGACCGGCCGCUCCGGUACCGGCACCCGCGCCGGCAGCAGCUGCUGCCCCCGGAGGACGCGGUGUACGAGUCGCACCCGCCGUUGAACCUCAGCCGUAUCCUCAACCGGGGCAACCUGUUCAACCUUUGGGGGCCGAGGGGCUACGGUAUGCUGCCAACCUCGCCGCGCAGUGGCAGGCGGUACCGGCGCUAGGGGACAGGGUGGAGGAUUGGCGGAGGUUCGGCGAGCAGCAAUUGGAGAGAUAUGGGGCGGCGGUUCAUCCGGAUGCGGCGGCCAGGGCGGCGUUGCCGCGACCUCCAAUCGAGGUGCCUGCGCGGGCGCCUGUGCCGGCGCCGAGGGUUCCGAGGAUCGCGAGGGUCAAGGCGGAGAAGCGGGCCAAGUAG